AUGCCAAAGAGUUCUGUCACAAGAUGGGCUUGUUGCCUUGCUCUCGCCUUCUCCUUCUUCGCUGAAGGAGUCGAGUGUGCCACCAAAGCGCAGUAUGCACAAGGUGCAUCUACUGCUAUCAAGGCUCUUAACAGUAACUGGUAUAACCAGAACACUGGCUUAUGGGACGGCGCUUGGUGGCAGAGCGCCAACGCCCUCACAACCCUUGCUGACUUUGCCAUCUUGCAGCCUGGAGCAGCAAAUUCUUUGGGCAUAACAAAUACAAUACAAAACACCGUUAAAAAUGCACCCAAAAAGUUUCCCGGCUUUAUCAACCAAUUCUACGACGACGAAGGUUGGUGGGCCAUGGGGCUUAUUCACUCCUAUGACGCAACCCAGGAUGAGAGCUACCUCGAAGCGGCGGCAGACAUCUUCCAAGACAUGCAAACUGGUGGCGGAACACCCUGCAAAGGCGGAAUAUUUUGGAGCAAGGAUCGCAAAUACGUUAAUGCCAUCGCCAAUGAACUCUAUCUCACAGUAGCCGCAGCGUUGGCAAAUCGAAUUCCAUCUAAUCGAACAUACGCGCAGAUCGCAACCAAUGAAUGGAAAUGGUUCCAAAACAGUGGUAUGAUCAACCGCCAGAAUCUUAUCAACGACGGCCUCGACGGCAACUGCAAGAAUAAUGGCCUGCAAACCUGGUCGGUAAACCAGGGUGUGAUUUUAGGUGCCCUGGCUGAGCUCUCAAAGGGUUCCCUGCUUGGGGGUGGUGUCCUCAACACAGCCAGAAACUUGGCCAAGGCGGCCAUAAAGGCGCUCUCUAAUCAAGACGGCAUCCUAGUCGAGACUGAUAAAUGCGAGACUCAGUCCAGCGCGUGCGGAUUUGAUGCGAAACAAUUCAAAGGUGUUUUCAUCCGAAAUCUGGGCUAUCUCAACCAAAUCAUCAACGAUGGCGAUAUCAGAGCCUUCAUCACGAGAAACGCCGACUCUGUGUGGAGCAAGGAUCGUGACAGCAAGAAUAGAAUGGGUGUAGCUUGGGCAGGCCCAGUAAUUGCUGCUAAUGGUGCCUCUCACGGCAGCGCUUUAGAUGCUCUGGUUGCAGCCGCUCGGGUUGCGUAA